UUGUAAGUGUUACUUUGAUCAUAGUGCUUCUUACAACUGCCGCAUUGAAUGCAAGCAAGAGUAUGAAACCAUUGUAAACAUAACAGAAUGAAAGUCAUGUGCUUCACAGACACAUGGUAACCCAGUCCUAUUCAUGGAAAGAGUUGCUGGGUAUACUGUUACUGUAAAGACAAAGCAUAGUUUUCCCCAUCGGGUGUCACUCAAAUUAAAGGGCAGAAAGCUAUGACAGACAUUUCAGAAACUGCAGAUCCAAGUACAGAUGAUUCAGAAACCAUAAUUGGUACCAGCAUGCCAUCUGUUAUUACAGUUCCAACACAAGAACUAGAAGUACUGAAUUGUUUUACUGUUUUGGAUGAUGGCUCGGUGGCACAAGAAGAUGGAAAUGGUGCAGUUUCUAUAAAAAUCGAGCAGGUUGAAGAGCUAGAAGGGGGAAAUCUCUUAAUUAGUAGCACAAGUGGAAAUUUUACUUCUGUUACUUUAGCAGAUGGAACAGAGGCACUUGUUGCUCAUGAAGUUGCUGUUGAAGAACAAGUUGCAGAAGAAGUCCAAGCUGAUGAAGAAAAUGUUCCAGAAUGCAACACAAUCAUUAUCCAAGGACUACCAAAAUAUCUGGAGGGGCAAGCAAUCAAACUUGAAGAUGGUUCAACUGCACUGAUCCAUGCUGCUCCCAGAGGAGAAAAUUGCCAGAGUGUGGCACUUGAAGAUGGCACAACUGCAUACAUUACUCUCCCAGAACAUUUAUUGGCAAGUAUAGAUGAUGAAUCAACCAAAAAACAUUCUCAACAAAAUCUACAGAAGGCAUACCAAGAGGAGCAAGAACAAACGGAAAUACAAAUCACACCAGUAGAAGAGGCACGGCCUAAAUGCUUCAUGUGCACCCAUGAAGGCUGUGGGAAGUUGUACACUACACUGCAUCAUCUCAGGGUUCAUGAACGAACACACACAGGAGACAGGCCAUUCCGUUGCACUGUUCGAGGUUGUGAUAAAGCAUUUGCAACAGGCUAUGGUCGGAAAGCCCAUAUUCGUACACACACUGGUGAGAAGCCUUACAGGUGUCCUGAAGACACAUGCAAGAAAGCCUUCAAAACUUCUGGAGACCUUCAGAAGCACUUACGUACUCACACGGGGGAACGCCCGUUCACAUGUCCAGUUGCUGGUUGUGGACGCUCCUUUACUACAUCUAAUAUACGAAAAGUGCAUGUGAGAACACAUACUGGUGAACGGCCUUAUGUUUGUAAUGUUGAAGGAUGUACAAGAGCAUUUGCAUCUGCAACAAAUUUUAAGAACCAUCUCAGGAUACACUCUGGAGAGAAGCCGUAUGUUUGUAGUAUUAAGGAUUGUGGUAAACGUUUCACUGAAUAUUCUAGUCUGUAUAAACACCACAUGGUCCACACUCAGCUGAAACCAUAUUUAUGUGGAGUUUGUGGAAGACAUUACAGACAAGCCUCUACUCUUACAAUGCACAAGAGAACAGCUCAUGGUAUUGUAGAAGUUGACGAUGGCACCGAAAUAUUUUUUGGUGACAGAGUCCUCGAGUUUGCAAACAACGAAUCUGUCACAAAAGGGAAAAAACUUAAAACUUUUCCAGGAGUGAAAAAAGAUGGUAGCACAUUGGUGGCCUUACAAACAUCAGAAGAUCCAAAUGCUGUAGAUGCAGUCCAGGGCACAACAAGUCGAUUAGUUUUUGUCACUGAUGCUGUGAAUUUGGCAGACCUAGAACAGUUUGGCGUGCAAGCAAAAGAAGCAGUUCCUGAGGAAACAUGUCACAUUCAAAUGGUGGAAGAUGAGUCCUCCAACAGUAUUUCAACAUAAUGCUAGUUGCUCAGCUUAGCCAUGGAGGCCUAUCUUAAGUUAUGUAACCUUUAUGUGACACUGUAUUUAUACACUGACUGUUAUGCAUCUGCUGUUGUCUAUGGUUCUGAUGCCUUGUUUAAUAACAUUCUGACAUUUGUGCCACUGUUUAAAUAACAUCAAAGGAAUGUGCACUGGUGAUAAAAGAGCCAUUGUUAAUAUGAGUGUAGAAAUUUCUGGAUUCGCAAAGUUCGUUGGUUGUGGUCGGAAAAUCAGUCUUUGACUUCUUUUGAUAUCACCACCAAAUCUGACACCUAAACAGAGAGCUUUCCUGUAAAUGAAGAGGAAGAAUGGUCUACAUGCAUCCUAGUCCUGUGAAAGUCCAUUUCGAAUAAAUUGAUAGCACAAAAGACAGAAAACCACAAUGGUGUUUUAGAAUUUAGUAGCUUAUUAUAAAAUAUUAAUAGACCUGCAGUAACUGAAGAUGUACUGAGCCUUGAUUGAAGAUAUGUGCUAUGGCUGAAGAAAAUGCUCCUCACUCGUGCCUGAGAACACACACACACACACACACACACACACACACACACACACACACACACACAAAUAGCUAUAGCUAUCUGAGGCUGGAGAAGUGCAUGUACAGUCAGUCAAGAUACAUAAAAAUUACAAAAGAGAAAAUAAUUUAAUGUUUGAUGUUGUGUAUUUAUUUCCACUUGAACUGAUUUAAGACUUAUGAAUAAAGCUGUGAUUAUUUUGCUA